AUGUCAGAAUUUUCAGAAAUGAUUCCACAAAACGCUGAAGAUCAACUAAUCGCUGCUAAAAACACUUUGGCUUUCGAAACUUGGAUGCCUCCAAGAAAGAGAGCUAAAACCAAAGAGGAAAAAGAGAUUCGUAAAAUCCAAAGAAUAUUGAGAAAUAGAAAAGCUGCUCAGAAGUCUAGAGACAGAAAACGCAAUUAUGUUGCAAACCUUGAAAAAAAAUGCAACACAAUGAAAGUCGUCCUGGACCAGCUUCAAUCUAAAAUUGAUAUCAAGUCAAUGCUGAUUGAUCCCAGUGUAUGGGAUACUUAUAUCAACAUGGAACAAGAUGACGAGAUGUCCUUUAGUUCAACAGAUGUACCAUCUUCUACUACCGAAAUAUCUUCUACCUUAGCAGCCGAAUGGGCUGUAGAUGUACAUGCUGCUGAAGACGAUGUUGACAACAGAGAAUACAUUUCUUCAAUGAUUCAGAAGAAGUCAACAAAGUUCGGUUCGAUUGGGAGUGAUGUAACAUCAACCCCAGUCAGACCUAGAUCUAUAGAACAGAUGACACCAUUGACCGCAUCUACUUCAUCGAGUACAUGCAUGUCCGCUUACAUCAGUGCUUCCGACAAUGAAGUUGAUAAAAGACAAACAAUCACCAAUACACCAUUGUCUUCUGCUUCAUCAACGCCAAAUAAGUACGAUCUAAGAAUUAAUCAGGGAAAGAAUAUGUCGCAAUCACUUGUGCAAAAUUUAUUCAAUCCUGCUGAAUGGCCAUCUCUACUAAGCAACGAAAACUGUGUUCCAUUCUUAAUGGGAGAUCUUGACAGUUUUAAAAAUGACGAUAGUUUUGAAUUAGCAAUACCCUGCGAGUUUGAUCAUACAAAUUCCACAUUGACUGCACCUCAACAGGUUGGUCGCAGCACGAACAGUUUGUUUGUCGAAGACUUAAAGCGUAAUCCAGAAGAGAUUACUAACAUAGUUAUGGAUGAUAGUUUCAUCAAUUAUUGA